CGCGCUCCCUCCAAAAUUCCAUUCCACUCGGAGCGGGCAAGGGUAGGUGAUCGGAGAGCCAUGGCGUCGAGCUCACAUGCCAGUGGCGUUAGUGGAAGAAUAAGAAAUGCUGCUUCGACUUGCUGCUCGGAUAAUCUGUCUCUCAUUACUGAUACCCGAAGGAUUAUUGGUUUGGUGAAGGAAAUUGCAGUUGAUUUGGAGAAAGAUAAGCAGUCUGAUAUGGUGAAGGAGCUUGAAGAUGCAGUUGUGGAGUUAUUGGACAAAUCUGAAGAUUUUGCACAUUUUUCAUCUGCGAUUCAGUCUGUUGCUGACAGAUACCAGCCAGGAGAAGAGUUGACUGAUUUUAAGAAGUUGUUCGAGGAGGAUGCUUCAAAGGUAAAGGCCAAUUCAUCUUCAGAUCCGAAAAGGAAUCCCUUAAUGCGCCAAUUUAAGGAAGCUGUUUGGAAUGUUCAUCAUGAGGGCCAGCCAAUGCCUGGUGAGGAGCAGGAAGACAUUGUGAUGACCAGCACACAAUCUAAUAUUUUGAAUACGAAAUGUCCAAUUACUGGGAAGCAUGUCACUGACCUUGUGGAACCUGUUCGAAGUAUGGAGUGUAGGCAUGUAUAUGAGAAGCAGGCAAUAAUGCAAUUUAUGCGAUCAAAGCACUCUCGUGUUCCAUGCCCGGCAACAGGUUGCCCAAAGUUCUUAAAGGUAGAUAAGGUGGUCUCCGAUCCGUUGUUACUGGUUGAGAUUGAUGAAAUGCGCAGAAUGGGAAAAGGACCUGGUUCAGUUGAAGAUUUUACCGGGCUAGAUGAUGAUGAGUGACUGAUGAAACUAAUCACAGAAUUUUUAUUGUGAAUUUUGAUAGAGUUAAACCUCCAGCUCCACCAGGAUACGUGCUUAUCACUUCUGCUGUUGAUAUGUGUGUGUGUGUGUGUGUGAGAUCUGUACAAUCAGGAAUUAGCGUGAUAGUCUCCGCAUUCUAGACUGUUGUUUGAAGUUGCUGCGACUUGCGAAUCUGCAACAUGCAAAGGCCAAUCAUGAGUGACGGUUCCUUAGUGCAUACACUUGAAGAUCAUUGGUAAACAACUCCAUCGCGUAGUGGGGAUGACACUUUAAUAUCGCACAUAAUGAUCAUCAACCUGUGACUA